AAAGGUGGGAAAAAAACAGAGGAAAGGGUGGAAGAAUGAAUGGGGUUCUUGGGGGGAAGAGACAGAGGAUUUGUUAAGAAAGCCAUUCAAUGAUCCGAACGCUCUUCUCCUUUUUCUUCCCCUUCUGCACCUGCCUCUCUCCUCUGCAACCCUUCUUCUACGCCUCCUCUUGCUCUCCCUUUUCGGUUCGAGCAUCUUCCAAUCUUGGUUGUGUUUUAGUGUUCUCAGGUUGAGGAAGGAAACUCCAUGGAAGCGCUGAAGGGGAGUUUGAGGCUGGAGAGUUCGCAGACAGGACAGCAGCAGCAGCAGCAGCAGUUGUUGGCCGAGGAGACGAGUUGGGUUGUGGAAAGGUGGAACCUUUCCGGCGAGGGGUUCUCCGUUGACGAUCUGCUGAACCUUGGUGAGUUCGCGGACAACGAGGCGGAAGAAGCGGAGGUGGAGGAAGCAGGAAGGGAAUUGAAAACCGAAGCUGAAGGGAUGGGGAGGGAAACGAAGAAAUCUGGCUCGGAUUCCUCGCCUUCUUCCUCGUCUUCUGGCCUCACCGUCGAGCUCCAGGCGCCGUUGCCGGCGCCGUCGCUUUCAGACAUGUGUCUCCCUGGUCGUGAUGCUGUUGAAGAACUGGAAUGGAUGUCCAUGAUCAUGGACGACUCCAUCUCGGAGAUUCCGCUGCCGAGCUCCGGCGUUCCACCGCUUUGUCUGCCUCAAGGAGACGUCCUGAAGGAGAACCGCCAAGCCGGCGCCUUUGUGUCGCAGCGGGAAAGCUUCCGUCCCUCUUUAGGACCCACCGUCUGUGCCUUCUCCACCGAGGCCAUGGUUCCCGUGAAGGCCAAGCGGAGCAAUCGCUCCCGUGGCGUCAUCGCCGCCUGGUCCAUGUCCGGCCCGCUCCCCUUCGCCGACUCAUCCUCGUCCGCCUCCUCGUGCUCAUCGACGUCCUCCUCUCCCCCGUGCCUCAUAUAUGGCCCCACCGCCGGCGCCACCGAGGAAAGUUUCCUCCUUUACGACCACCCCUUGCCGCCGCCGUCCCUGCCGCUGCCAACGAAGAAGCACAAACCGAAGAAGCGCGGUCGGAAGCCCAAAUCCCUGCCAUCCUCCUCCGGCCCCUCCGGCGAGCGGCGCUGCAGCCACUGUGGCGUCCAGAAAACGCCCCAGUGGCGCGCCGGCCCGCUCGGCGCCAAGACCCUCUGCAACGCCUGCGGCGUCCGGUUCAAGUCCGGCCGCCUCCUCCCAGAGUACCGCCCCGCCUGCAGCCCCACCUUCGUCAACCAGAUGCACUCCAACAGCCACCGCAAGGUCCUCGAGAUGCGCCGUAAGAAGGAAGCCGAGCUCCUCACCGUCGCCGCGCCCCCAGUUGCCUCUUUCUAAAGCCCGUCGGUCCCUCUCCAUUCCACUCGCCGUCGUGCACGUCUGACCUCCAUUUCGACAGCGGUCUCUCUGUAGUGGAUUCGAUUGCGCGCCUCUUUUUAGGUAGCUGACUCUUUUUAGGUGCUCUGUCUCCUGUCGCUCGCCUCUACUUCUUCUUUUCAUUUUUAGGCCAUAAAAUUAAGGGAAACUUUCCAUUGUUUUCGUGUGAGCUCUCACUGAAACAAACAGCAGCGAGAAAGAUCCUCAGGAAGAACAAACUGCAGUGAGUUAGAUUUUAGCAGAAAGAGUUUUUGUGCCUUCAUCGCUUGUAAUAUUUUCCAACCUCAUACCAAGUUAGGAACAGGCAAUCAGGCAUCUUGUGAUGGACUGCAUUUUGCUUUCAAUUGAAUUGUUUUUUUUAA